GGCGUCAUACCGCUCAGGAAGGAGAUGCAUUCUUUGGUGCGAAAAGUGUAAAUCAAUCCCAGAACAGCAGCAAAGGACCUUGUGAAGAUGCUGGAGGAAACGGGUACAAAAGUAUCUCUAUCUGUAACAGGGUUAUAUUGGUGAUUCCCCUUGCCACUUUAUUGUUAAGCCAAUGGGGUUUUGGUUUGAGUUUGUCUUGCCUUCACAUACUCAACAUGGCAUCUUAUUGGCUGGUUUGCGUAGCUUGCUUACGAGGGGGGAUGUUCCAGUUAGAAUCGUCCCAGUGAACAAGCACCAAACCAGCGAAUAAAUCUACAUGACUGGUGCUACAUGUUGGAGUUCCGUGUCGAUGACUGAUUGUACACAACGCAAGAAGAGUACUGUUACAGUGGUGCCGUGAUCGUUCUUCUGGAUCGGAUCAUCCUUCGCUGGAUUUCCAUCUCAGAACUUCGCCGUAGUUGCUGUUGAAGAAUCAGAUAAGACGUUGCUGGUGCAGUUUAUGGCGAUAUCGCAUUUCGCCACAAGAGGGCACCAUUAGAACGUUUUAUUAUCGAAAUUGAUGAUUUCUCUGGCUGAGGCUUUUCACAGAUAAACAAUAACUUGUGUUACUUGUUUAAUUGCAAUUCUAAUGUAUAUCUGAUAUAAGUAGGGUGAGUUUUAUCAGUGUACUAGAUAGGUUAGAUUUUGAUGUGAGGUUUAAAAAAAAAUAUAUAUAUACAUGUUUUGCUAUUUACAUUUUUAUUAGGGUGUUGAUUUCCCAUUGUUAAAAUGGAAGGUGUUGGGAGAGGUAGGGGUUUCCUGUCAUUUAACCUGUCACCAUCUGUUGGUAGGGGUUCAGCCAAAAUUCCAGUUACUUCUACAUCUAUGCCCAAACUGGAGGGUUUUGAUGAUAGGUUACCCAUGGACACACCCAAGGAUGUGUAUGAAAGAGUUUUGCCAAAUACAGGGAGUGGGGAGGUCUCCAUGGAUUUCAUAGCAGACAUAGUACAGCAGAUUGGUCAUUCCAUUGGGGAGAACAUUGCCUCCUGUUUGGAGUCAAAGGUAAUUGUUGGGCAUGUUGGGGACAAUGUUAUGGGGAGUGUAUGCAGCUCGAGGGGUAUGGAUGUGUCAGGCCUAAACCUGGUAUUGAAGUCUGAUAUCAGGGAACCGGUGUACUUUCGGGGGGAUGGCUCUGAAAAGUGCACAGUGCAUGAGUGGGAGGAUAUGGUAAUGGUUUACAUGCGUAAGAGGGGCGUGUCUGUGAUGGACCAAGCAGUUGAGGUUAUGGGCAGGCUUAUGGGAAGGGCCCGCAAGGUUGUUAAAGUUGGCAUACGCAGCAAUCCCUCCAUUGAUUUAUCUAAAGGCCCGAGUCCCAUCUUUGACAUACUGAAACAACAUUUUUAGUGACACUGUUUUUUCAAGCAUGCCCCUUGCUGACUUUUAUGCCACAUUACCUCUGACUGAUGAACAACCAUUUGAAUAUUGGCUCAGACUGAACAGGGCUAUGGAGGUUGCUGAAGAUUGUCUAAAGAGACAGGAAAAAAGUGUUGAAGACCCAUCUCGUGAGCUCACAGUCAUGUUUAUCAGUCAUUGCCCUAAUGCUGAACUGUCGCUUAUCUUUAAGUGCAAGCCAUUACAGCAGUGGACUGCUGCAGAUGUUCAUGAGAGGCUGGAUGAAUACAGGAGGGAGUGGAGGUACUCUCACUUAUCUAAAGUGAUCCCCAGCCAUCGCAACAAUGAAGCAGGAAGUUGGUGUUGUCAUGCCGAUCACCAUGCCUGCUGUGAGAACCCACAUGGAAGUACCCAAUACGUUGCCUUACCCAGCCCAGACUAUUCAGGGCUCAGCUGAGCCGAUGGAACGUAUCCUUGCAAUGCUGGAGCGUGUGCUGGAGCAGAGGCCACAACAGUCUGCGGGGUUGCUGGACAUGAUACUUACUUUCACUGCAGGGCCAAUCACCUCUGCUUCCUUUGUCAUGUAGCUGGCCACGCACGCUCUCAGUGCCCCAAGGCGGCAGCUCUGAGCACAGCUGGUGGAGUCCCUACAGUAAUCACUGCUCAGCUCCCGGAAAACUAGUAGGCCUGCAUGUAGAAGAGGAGAGUGUUGGGCCUUUUGUAGAGUCCCCAUCAGUGAGAGCUGUUGAUUUGGAGUCUGUAUAUAAAAGUGUUUGUGACGAAAUGGAGACUGAGAAGAGUAUCAUAAUGCAGAACACACAGAGACUUUCCCCGUAUGAUGAUUUAUUCUAUGCCAAUGUGUUAAUAGGAGGAGAAGUAGAAGUGAGAGCUAUGCUUGACAGUGGAUCCAUGGCUUGUACCUUGAGCUCUAGGGUCUUACCUGAACUGUUGCAUGCAGGAGUGUUGAAAAGUCCAUCAUUGAAUCCUACAGAGGUAGUCUUGGUUGGUUGUGGUGGGUUGAAGACGAGGCCUUUGGGAGUAUGUGAGCUGGAGAUGGAGGUGUACGGAUGUAGAGUUGCUGUGCCUACACUGGUGGUUGAAGGCCAGAGUGAUGACCUCAUCUUAGGCAGCAAUCUCCUAAAGCACUUGAUUCGCCACCUGAAGACGGAUGGAGAUCUCUGGAAGAGGGUUUAUACUCCUGUGUGUGACGGGGGUGAGGAUAGCAAGCUAAUCAUUAUGAUGGUUAAUGUGGAGAGAUGGAGAGACAGUGAAGUACCUGACAAAGUUGGAACUGUGAGACUAAAAGGGGCUGUGACUCUAGAGCCUAUGCAGGAGCACUUAGUCUGGGGCAGACCACGAAACACUCAGAAUCUUUCAGCUGGCAGUGCUGUUGUCAUUGAGCCCAGCAGUUCAAGGUCAACACCAAGGUCAAUACUGGUAGGGAGGACAGUGGCUCUAUUGCGGGGGGAUGGGUGGCUCCCUGUUAGAGUGAAAAACCCUUCUCAGAAGACGGUGACAUUGAGACAAAACGCCACUCUAGCCGAUGUCUUUCCUUGCAUGGCUCUAGAGGACUUUGACUGUUCAUGUGUGAAUGACGAUUCAUCAGCAGCUUUACAGCAGCAAGUGCAGAGAACGGCUGAUAUACUCACUGACUGCCAAGAUGACUUGACACUGACUGACGGUUCCAGCCAACUUCACAAUACUGACGGACCUGACAGUUCAAGCGAUCCUGAGGUCUUAUGUGACUUAGGUUUGACUGAUAUCGAUGUCUCCUCCUGUCAAGCGUCUCCUGCUGGUAAGAAGAAACUCAUCCAGCUCAUAGCUGAGUACCAGUCUAUUUUUUCCAGGCACAAGUUGGAUUGUGGAAAAGCUUCCGGAAGUCUUCACCGCUUUCAACUGAGUGAUGAGAAACCCUUUCGGAUGCCCUACCGACGCCUUUCACCAAAUAAUUAUGAGAAGCUCAAACAAGCAUUGAAUGAGAUGGAAGAACGUGAUAUCAUAAGGAAGUCUAGUAGUGAGUUCGCCUCUCCCCUUGUACUUGUAUGGAAGAAGUCUGGAGACCUGAGACUCUGUACUGAUUUUCGUUUGCUCAAUGCUCGUACCAUCAAAGACGCCCACCCACUCCCUCACCAGGCUGACGCGCUGGCUGCGUUAGGUGGAAAUGCCUUUUUCUCAACAAUGGACCUUACCUCUGGCUACUACAAUGUGGAAGUGCAUGAGGAUGACUGGAGAUUCACAGCCUUUUUUACGUCGCCAUUUGGAUUGUACAAAUACAAUCGAAUGCCACAGGGGUUGUGUAAUAGUCCUGCAACCUUUAUGAGGAUGAUGCUAAACCACUUUGGGGAUCAGAACUUUCUUAGCCUGCUGUGUUACCUUGACGAUGUCUUGGUCUAUGCGCCCACUGAAGAUCUGGCUAUACAGCGCCUGGAAAUGGUUUUUGAGCGUCUCAAGGCUCAUAACCUGAAGUUGGCGCCAAAAAAGUGUAACUUUCUGCAGAGGUCUGUGAAGUUUCUGGGCCAUAUCAUUAGUGUGAAUGGUGUAGAUACAGACCCUGAGAAGGUGAGGGCCAUUACAGGAGGAACAGAAGCUGAUCUGAUGAAAGAUGGCACUGACAUCCCAUCUCAGAAGAAAUUGAGGUCAUUCCUUGGGAUGGUGGUGUAUUAUCAACAGUUCAUUGAAGGUUGCUCGACCAUUGCAAAGCCUCCCUUUGGAUUGACUACUGGACACAAGGCUCCACGCUGGAAAAAGAAGCGAAGCUCACCUGUCAGGAAGUUGACGGCUGCCGACUGGACAACAGAAUGCAGACAGGCCUUAUUCCAGCUGAAGCAAGCAUUACUGGACCAGGUUUUGUUGGCCCACCCCAACUUCGAAAGACCCUUUCUACUCUCGGUGGAUGCAUCCAGCAAUGGCUUAGGUGCUGUGCUAUCUCAGGUGCAGGAACCGGGAGCUACAGCGAGACCUAUAGCCUUCGCGAGCAAGUCCCUCAGUUAUGCACAGUCGAGGUAUCCUGCGCACAGGCUCAAGUUCUUUGCCAUGAAAUGGGCUAUCUGUGACAAGUUCCACCACUGGCUACGGGGACAGCAGUUCACGGUAUGGACGGAUAAUAAUCCCUUGACAUACAUUCUGACCAAAGCAAAGCUUGAUGCUUGUGAACAGAGAUGGGCCGCCAAGCUGGCACCGUAUGAGUUUGAUAAGUACAUCCCUGGAAAAAUGAAUGUUGUUGCAGAUGCUUUGAGCAGAGAGCCCUUCGUACGACCCAGUGCACUCCAUCGCCUGACAAGGGUCCCGUAUGAGACCUUACUAGCUGAAGCCGACGCUGUGCGCACAGACAGAGUGCAAGAUGUGUUUCGCUGGUCCAGCCACCCCUUUGACAAAGCCUCUGACUCCAACGAAGUGGUCAUUAGCUGUCAGGCUACUGUUGACCCCCCCAUCUGGUGCUUUAUCAAGACAUGAAGUUGCAGCUGGGUGGGCUCACAUGCACUGCUGUUGCCACAGCUCCCACAGGCUGUUAUGCCAUCAGAGCAGACCGAUGUCGAUGUUCUGCCACACAACCUACUGAUGAGUAAGCAGCGUGAUGACAACGUGAUCAGCAAAGUCAUCUUCUUUGUUGAGAGGGGGAGAAGACCAUCCCGGAGAGAGCGUGCCCAUGAGAGUGUUGAGGUUUUGUGUCUUCUCAGAAGUUGGGACAAGUUGACCAUGAAGAUGGGUGUACUGUAUCGUGUUUCGAAGAAUGUGGUUACAAAGAGGAAAAUGUAUCUGUAUGUGGUUCCAGCCUCCAUGAAAGCAAUGGUCUUGAAGGGUGUCCAUGAUGAAGCUGGCCACCAGGGCCAACAGAGAACAGUCUACCUGACAAGACAGAGGUUCUUCUGGCAUGGCCUGGAGAGGGAGGUAAACGCUUAUGUGAAGUGCUGCAGGAGAUGCGUGGUGAGCAAGAUUCCUGAUCCGGAAGCAAGAGCUCCUCUUGAGAGCAUAACUGAGCCUCUUGAACUAGUGUGCAUAGACUUCUGGUCUGUAGAAGAUUCUUCAAACAAAUCCUUGGAUGUGCUCGUUGUUACUGACCACUUUACCAAAUUAGCUCAUGCCUUCUUGUGUCCGAACCAGUCUGCUAAGUCAGUAGCUCAUCAGUUGUGGAACAACUAUUUCUGUGUCUACGGGAUGCCUCGCCGUAUACAACUCAGACCAUGGAGCCAACUUUGAGAGCGCUUUAAUAGCCGAACUGUUGAGUGUUGCAGGCGUUCAGAAGUCUCACACCACGCAGUACCAUCCGAUGGGGAACGGGUCCUGCGAAAAGAUGAAUAGGACUUUGGGAAACAUGAUCCGGGCCCUGCCAACGAGAACAAAGCACAGAUGGCCUCAGGCGCUGAAGUCACUUACGCUUGCAUACAAUUGUACAAUCCACGAGACCACAGGCUUUGCCCCUUUCCUGCUAAUGUUUGGGAGGACGCCAAGACUGCCUGUUGACAUAGUCUUUGGCUCGGUCAUAGAGAACCCAGAAGUUGUCGACUAUGACCAGUUUGUUCAGUCUUUGAGGAGAGAUCUGAAAGAAGCCAUGAAUGCAGCACAGGCAUCUGCAGCGAAGCAGUUGAAGAGGCAUGCUGACCUUUAUGACAGAAGAGUCAGAGGAGCACCAGUGGAGAUUGGGGAUUGAGUAUUGCUGGCUAACAAGGGGGAGCGGGGAAAGCGGAAGCUUGCUGACCGUUGGGAGGAUACUGUCUACCUUGUCACUGGAUUGAAUGCUGACAGUCACACUUUUAAGAUUCAGAACAGCUCCACUGGACGGGAGAAGACGGUACAUCGCAACUUGAUAAUGCCAGUCAACUUUCUUCCUCUUCCCCAUGCUGCUGUUGAGGAGGGAACAGACAUGUCUGGAUUAACAGAGUCUGAGGACAUGAAUGACAGCCUUGUGGUCUCAGCUGCCAUGGACACUGCAGUGGAUGAUGGUGCUGAGUACAGAACCAGAGUGUGGGUGUCAGAGUUGUCUUCUGAAGGAACAGGUGACACAAGCCUGGAGGGUGAUGUGCGAUCCUUGGAUGCUCAGGAUAUUCCACCUUUUGAUUCCGUGGAUGAUAUACUGCAGCUGGAAGGUCUGCCUCGAUCAGAGAGUCUUCAAGAAUCUGACCGAGACUGUAACAGUGUAGUGAGUGAGCUAAUUGACCAGUCUGAUUACGAUAUCCGUACUGACCUACCAAACGCGGACCAUUCCUUACCUGAUCAGUUACGUACUGACUGUGUUGACGGACACACUAUUGCAACAGUACACAACACUGUUACUUACCCUUAUGCAGUUGAAGGUAGUCGGGGUCAUAUUAGGUCAAGGGCAGGAAGGCUAUUUAAACCAGUGUCAAGACUGAUUGAGAUUAUGAAUCAGCAGAAAGUUAGCUCUUGAAGGUUAAAUAUGUGAAUAGAGGGUCAAUGGUAUUGACAUCUU